CCUCAGCCUCCCAAGUGCUGGGAUUACAGGCGUGCGCCACCGCACCUGGCUGGAGAGUUUCCUUUCUACCAAACUGCUGAUAGGAACUGUGUGCGUUAGUGCGACCAUGGGAGGCUACGGGUGGUGAUAGUGACAGUGUAUGUUCCACGUUGGUGAGCAUGGGAGGCAAGGGCUGUUCAUGUCCCCAUGUGUUCAUCAAGCAGAGUCACCUACACAGGGCAACUCACUCAAAGGGCACCACCAGCGUAUGUUGAAAACAUAUCCCCAUCCCCUGCUGCAGGCAGAGGUGAGGGGAUCAAUGAGGAGCUGAGUCUCUAUCAGCAUCUUUUCAACAACUAUGACCCAGCAUGCCGGCCUGUGAGGGGGCCUGAGGACACUGUCACCGUCAGCCUCAAGGUCACUCUGACCAACCUCAUCUCGCUGAACGAGAAGAAGGAGACUCUCACUACCAAUGUAUGGAUCGGAAUCGACUGGCAUGAUUACCGACUCAACUACAGCAAGGACGACUUCGGGGGCCUAGGAACCCUGCGAGUCCCUUCCGACCGCGUCUGGCUGCCAGAGAUUGUGCUGGAAAACAAUAUUGAUGGCCAGUUUGGCGUCGCCUACGAUGCCAACGUGCUGAUCUACGAGGGCGGCUACGUGUCCUGGUUGCCUCCAGCGAUCUACCGCAGCACCUGUGCUGUGGAAGUCACCUACUUCCCCUUCGACUGGCAGAACUGCUCUCUCAUUUUCCGCUCUCAGACUUACAGUGCCAAAGAAGUGGAGUUCAUCUUUGCCAUGGACGACGAAGGCGAAACCAUCAACAAGAUCGAUAUCGACACUGAAGCCUUUACUGAGAACGGCGAGUGGGCCAUCGACUUCUGCCCUGGAGUCAUUCGCCACCAAGACGGUGGCUCGGCAGACCACCUGGGAGAAACUGAUGUCGUCUACACGCUCAUCAUCCGCCGGAAGCCGCUUUUCUACGUCAUUAACAUCAUCGUACCUUGCGUGCUCAUUUCCGGCCUGGUGGUGCUGGCCUACUUCCUGCCGGCGCAGGCUGGUGGCCAGAAAUGCACUGUCUCUAUCAACGUCCUGCUCGCCCAGACUGUCUUCUUGUUCCUAAUUGCUCAGAAAAUCCCAGAGACAUCUCUGAGCGUGCCACUGCUGGGCAAGUAUCUCCUUUUCGUCAUGGUGGUCGCCACACUCAUAGUCAUGAAUUGCGUCAUUGUGCUCAAUGUGUCUCUGCGGACGCCCACCACUCAUGCCACUUCCCCGCGGCUGCACCACGUUUUAUUGGAGCUGCUGCCACGCCUCCUGGGUUUGGGACCGCCCCCCGAGGCUUCCCAACCCUCCGCGCCCCCUAGGCGGGCGUCCUCCGUGGGCAUCCUGCUCCGCGCAGAGGAGCUGAUUCUGAAAAAACCACGGAGUGAGCUCGUGUUUGAAGGGCAGAGGCACCGGCACGGGACCUGGACCGCUGCCCUCUGCCAGAGCCUGAGCGCUACAGCCCCCGAAAUCCGCUGCUGUGUGGAUGCUGUGAACUUCGUGGCUGAGAGCACGCGAGAGAAAGAGACGAUCGGCGAGGAGGUGUCCGACUGGGUGCGAAUGGGCAAGGCCCUUGACAACGUCUGUUUCUGGGCCGCUCUGGUGCUCUUCAGCGUAGGUUCUAGCUUCAUCUUCCUUGGGGGCUACUUCAACCAAGUGCCAGAUCUCCCCUACCCCCCAUGUAUCCAGCCUUGAGCCUGUGCCUACAGACUUGGACUGUCCCACCUACUUCAGCAAGCAAUAGAUUUUGAAAAACAAGCUGCUCUCGCUAACGUAUUACGAUCUUUUCCCAUUGCUGACAAUAAAUGUCUUAGAAGCUUCCCAACAGAACUGAAUGUGCCCAUGUGGGUAGGUAGGGCCCCUGUACUGGGGUCAGAAGUGGAGGGCAAUGGGCUUAGACUUGGUACCAAUCCUCCAGAGAGCAAGGCUUCAAUGCCUUUCUGCCUUGAGGCGUAUUUUUUGAGUCUUCCUGCAUAGCUCAGGCUUCCCUUGAACUGAGAUACUCCUGCCUCAGCCUCCAGAGUACUGAGAUUACAGGCAUGCAGCACCAAGCCUCACUAGGUCUAUGAGCUUCUAGAUAAUUUUAUUCAGUUGAUAUCAAUUAGCAAACCCUUUGUGCAGGACCUGCACAUGAGAAGCCUUUUGCUUCUCUGGCCUGGUUCUGCUGGUGUGGGUAGGGACCAUACACCCUCAGUGAAGGUCACCCACAGUUUAGGGCUGAGGAUGCCCUGGCUUUUCUUGGGCACGUCUUCUAGGCCCAGCACUGAGUAUGUUAGCCUACCCCCACAGGACUCACUUAUCAGAUUCCAUACCCUCUACCCCUGUAUUCUAACUCUGCAGGUUCUCUGGCUAGUAGCCAGGGUAGUGAGAGAAAACAAUAAUAUAGGCCCUGAAAUAGUGGGCGCUGGUUGAAUUCUUUAUUAACAAACAGGAUAUCCAAGGCCACUACAUUGAGGAGGGGCAGGGCAGGGAAGAGAAGGGCUACUUGCUGCUCACACU